AUGGACAAGUCUUUGUUUGGUCUGAUCGAACCUCUGAAAGGACGAAGGAUUAUCUUUGAACUGGUAAACGAAGCGUCCGUCGACGGAAUUUUGUUAGCAACUUCGAAGAAAGGAUUCAAAUUAGGGAAUACUCGAAUUUACACAAGUCAAAAAGAAGACGAGGCGCCCGUCUCUUGUUGGGACUGUUUCGUUAUUAAAUCGCGGGUACGAUUUAUUCACUUUCCUCGGAAUAUCUCUUUGUACAAAAUUCAGAAAGAGUUGAUGGAAUGUCCUGGUAAGCUCACUGGAUUGAAUCUAAUUUGUUUUUUUAGUUUAA